GGCAGUUGGAGUGGUUGGAAGUUACGAGUAGAGCGCAAUACACGUCAGGCUCUUAUUUUGAUUCGUGGAGGAGGUUCACCUCGAAGAAACGGGUGGCCGAGUCCGAAGGAUUUGCCAGGAAAGUACAGGAUAUAGGUCGCCAAAUACGGAUUAAACAUGAUACGCGCAGAAAAUGGGGGUGUUGUAUAUUUGGAACAGUUAAAAAGUCCGAUAGAGAGUGACGCGACAGAGAAGGCAACGUCAAGAAAGUGUGAGGGGCAGCUGUCUUCGGUAAAGGCAAACAGCUGUUCGUCCUACAAAGGUGCAAAUCGUACGACAGAAAUGGCGCAAGAGGACAAUAAUCCAUGCUGGGAUAACCUUCCCAUUAUCAUCCUACACGAGAUAUUCUCAUAUUUACCCUACAACUGCCGGUUAAGAGCCUCCCAGGUUUGUAAAAAUUGGAGGUAUGCUCUGUUUCACCCUUGCUUUUGGAAAAAAAUUACAUUUGCUCUGAGAGACGAAGACAGUAUAUCAUGGGCUCGAUGCUUGGCAGAAAGCUUUGGACUUAGUGUGCAAGAAGUUACAAUUCGCUGUGAUACACCACACCACUCUGCAAAAGAAAUAUUAGCCCUCUUGAACAAACUGAAUUGUAACAGACAACUUCGUAAAUUAUUUUUGGAAUCUAGCAGUAGUACUUUCGAAGAAGAUGAUGAAGAAGAUGAAUAUGACGAGGAUAGUGAAGGAUACAUUCUACCAUUAAUAAAAUCUCUUAUAAAAAUUAUUAAAACAUCUAAUCGUUUAGAAGCUUUGAGUUUGGGAUGCAUAGAAGAAUUAACAGCAAGUACUGGUGUGAUUCUGGAUCUUCUUCGUCAACAUCAUGCCAAACACUUGAGAAUUCUUAGUUUGGCAUCUGUUAGAGAUGAUCCUGAUGAUUUUGACUUCAUGGGACUUUAUUAUGAAUACAUUUUUAACUCAUUUGUCAGAUUAUCUAUUUUAACUCUAGACUAUGAGUUUGUCAGUGAUUCUUUAUUAAAAGCAUUAGGUAAUGGUACCAUGGAAAGGCUUGUAAUUCAUGUGCAUGGUUGGAAUGAUCAGUAUUCGGGAACAACUAAUAGUGCUUGGCAAACUUUUGUUCAGAAGAAUCCAAAAUGCGAAUUGCGACUAAAUCUCAUACACUCUUAUGUUGGCAUUGAAAUGUUGGAUGCAGAUAUACUUCGUCCUUCAAUGCCUCUUACACAUUUAAAAGUAUUAUUUUGUGAAAAUGUUAAUAUCAGAGCACUCCAUGCAUUAUCCAUGUGGUAUUCACUUACUUUGAAAUCUUUAAUAUGGAUUGAUUCGAUGGAACCUAUAACACAAGAUAUACCGGCAACUUACGACCCAAGUGAUCCUAAUAGCCCUGAUCCAUUAGUAUUAGUUGCAUGGAAGUGUACCAAACUUGUGGAAAUUGUAUUCAUAGGCCACAAAUAUCACCAAGAAAACUUAUUAGCUAUUGCACGCCUACGAGGAUGCUCGCUUAAGUCAUUAGUGUUUGCACAAAGAUACAUUGCAUCUGACAGUGAAUCUUGGCAUAAGGCUGAAACCAUCACACAUGAAAUACAAGAAAUAAUGGGGCGUCGAUGGGAACCGUUAAGUGACGCAGAUUUACCUGCAGUUGUGAAAGAUCCCUUUGGAGGUGAUAGCAGGGAAGUUAUCAUGCCAUUGGUCCUUCGUGACCAAAAGUAAAUUUUUCCAUUUAUACCAAGGAAAAACACUCCCUAAUACUGUACAUCACCAAUUGACAUCAUCAGCAAUUUCUGGGCGAGCUACAUUCUCAGAAGUAAAGUUACAAAGUUAUAUCCUUUAUUUUUCUAUAAGAGUUGUUUUUACGAGAACUACGGAUGAAAACAUCACGCAGUGGCUAUGUGUAAAUUCGUAGUUUAAAAAUCAGUACUUGACGGAAACAAUGUUGCCUAUCAGGUAAGGAUCACACACAUUUCCAGUGUGUAUGCA